AUCCCCGCUGCCGCGCCGGGGCGGGCUGCGCAAGGGGACCAGGGUGGGCCCGGCGCCGGUGGGUGGGCGGAUCGCCAGGACGGGGGAGGACAGGAAACGUGCCGCAGGGGCUGGCGCCCGCGCGCAGGCUCACCGCUGCGCUGGCGCUGGUCGAGGCUGGGCGCAUCCCGCUGAGUGCGGCCAGAUCGAAGGAGAGAGCGGACGCCGUGCUUCCAGAAGCCGCGCGGUCGCUGCCCGAGGAAACGGCGAGCGCGCUGCUCGAGGCGGUGGCCAAACGGGGCCGGGCCGCAGGGCGGGCGGCCGCCCUGUGCGACGAGGCGCC